AUGACAUGUUUGUUUUCACAGGAAGAUUUGUAUUGCCCGCAUCCACUAGUUCAAGAUAUCCUCUGGGUGACUCUUCACAAGGCUGUUGAACCAGUUCUGAUGAAUUGGCCAGGAAAAAAAUUGAGAGAAAAGGCUCUCCGCUCAGCAAUGGAGCAUAUACACUAUGAAGAUGAGAACACUCGUUAUGUUUGCAUUGGACCUGUGAAUAAGGUAUUAAACAUGCUUUGCUGUUGGGUUGAAGAUCCAAAUUCAGAGGCUUUCAAGUUGCACCUUCCAAGAAUCAAUGAUUAUCUAUGGAUUGCUGAAGAUGGCAUGAAAAUGCAGGGGUAUAAUGGAAGUCAAUUAUGGGACACUAGUUUUGCUGCUCAGGCAAUUAUGUCAACUGAUCUUGUCAAAGAAUACAGCAUAACUUUAAGAAAGGCACAUGAGUUCAUUAAAACUUCACAGGUUUUAGAAGAUUGCCUAGGUGAUCUUGAUAAUUGGUAUCGCCACAUUUCAAAGGGUGCUUGGCCUUUCUCCACUCGUGAUCAUGGUUGGCCCAUCUCAGAUUGUACAGCAGAAGGAUUAAAAGCUACUCUUCUAUUAUCAAAACCUCCCUCAGAUAUUGUUGGUGAACCAUUAGAGCCAAAUCGUAUAUAUGAUGCUGUCAAUGUCAUUCUCUCAUUACAGAAUGGAGAUGGUGGCUUUGCAACAUAUGAACUCACUAGAUCCUACCAUUAGUUGAAGGUACUCCCCUUGAAU